ACACACACACACACACACACACACACACCAAGUGACAAUUUGAGGGUUAAACACCAAUUACACACUUUUCUGACUCGUCUCUGAUCGGCUCGGAACACACACACAUACACAGGACAGUGAAUCUUGUGAGAGUGCAGAGUUAACACCACACCACGGUAUUCUCGGCGCCCCGACCCUCACCGCCUCGUCGAGCCCCGCCAGGCCCCUCCGACCCCGCCCCGUCCCGCAGCGUCUAGAAAAGAUCCAGAUGGUAGAAGCUCAGUUACUGUAGUGUACAUACAAUGUCUUCAGAUGCAGUAAAGAGACCACAGAGCAUGGGGACGCCUAAUAGCUCCCAGAGUGAGGAGCCACAGCCCAAGAUGCCACGGAGGUCACUAGUGGAGGGAGAUGUGUCACAGAGGAUUAAGGAGAUACAGAUCAGAGUACAGGAAAAAAAGGAAGUGUUGCGCAAACUUAACUUGGCCAAGACCUACCGCACCAAGUGGGAGACACAGGAUCUCAGCGCUGUGACUGACCAGUGGCUUGAGGUGUGUCAGAUGGCUUUGGAGGACCUGCGAGCAAGACUGAAGGAAGGUUUGCCUGGGGAUACAGACCAGCCAGAACUUACCUUAAAGACUUUGGUGAGCAGUCUUGGCAUUGACCCAGAGCUGGUGCAACUUGAUGAGGAGGAGGACUGCUUCAUCACGUAGUCUGCAUCAGAGCACAUUAUUAGAAUGUCUAUAGAAAAAAGGAUAUACAUUCUUAUUUUAACAAAGAAAUCCAUCUUAUUAUUGAUAAUUCCUGUAUAUUACAUGCAAGACUUUUCCAUGUGCCUUCCUUACUGUGAUAUGACUGUCAAUACUGUUAAUCCUCUUUAUAUAACAUAAUACAUGUAACAUGUGUAUAUUUUCCAACCAUGAAUAUGUAGAUGAGUUAUAAGACAAAAUCUGAAGUCAGUAACCUCACGUUGAGGCUUGGUAUGUUAUCAAAAAACAACAUAAAAAUGAUACUGAUGACAAUGCUUAGAGUGAAGUGUAUAAGCAUGAAUAUAUAUGACCAUUAUAGAUACUUAUAGAUUAUGGUGAUUAGCAUGAUGUUUUCUAUACAUGUAAGGAAUAUGAAAAAUACAUCAUCAUAAAUAUU